GCUGCUGAGCUCGAUGGAAUUAGCCCCGCGGCGGAAUAAACCGGUGCAGACGCCGGCGCCGCCGCGGGCCAGUCCGGGUUUCGCGUCCGGUGUGUCCGCACCAUGGCCGCCCCCGGGCUGCGCGAUAUCCCCCUGCUCCCUGGCUCCCCACGCCGGCUGAGCCCUCGGGCAGUGGCCAGAGAUGGCCAGGGCCCCAAACGUGGCCAGCAAUACCUCAGGGUUCCCGGUUCCCAAGCCCCGGGUCCGCAGGGCAGUUCUGACCAUGACCGAGAUUCUGGCCCGCCCUCCGGUGGAGGGAGCUCCUGUGGCAGCUCGGUCAUCAAUAACUACCUGGACGCCAACGAGCCAGUGUCCUCGGAGGCCCGUCUGAGCCGCAUGCACUUCCAUGACAACCAGAGGAAGGUUGACUAUGUGCUCGCCUACCAUUACCGGAAACGCGGGGUGCACCCUGGCCAUGGCUCCCCUGGCCCCUCGCUGGCGAUUGUCUCCAAUGGGGAGACGGGCAAGGAACCUCGUGCUGGUGGCCACGGUGACAUUGAAUUGGGACCACUUGAUGCCCUGGAGGAGGAGAGGAAGGAACAGCGGGAGGAGUUUGAGCACAACCUGAUGGAGGCCGGGCUCGAGCUCGAGAAGGAUGUGGAGAGUAAAAGCCAGGGAUCCAUCUUUGUCCGGAUACACGCCCCGUGGCAGGUGCUGGCCAGAGAGGCAGAGUUCUUGAAGAUCAAAGUCCCCACCAAGAAAAAGAUGUAUGAGAUCAAAUCAGAAGGCAGCAUCACGAAGAAGUUCAACGAGCUUCUGCAGAAGCUGAGCUCGCCCCUGAAGCCUAGAGUUCCAGAGCACAGUAACAACAAGAUGAAAAAUCUCUCCUACCCAUUCUCCAGGGAGAAAAUGUAUCUGUACAACAUCCAUGACAAGGACACCUUCUUUGAUAAUGCCACCCGUAGCCGCAUCGUGCACGAGAUCCUGAAGCGCACAGCCUGUUCUCGGGCUAACAACACAAUGGGCAUUAACUCUCUGAUCGCCAACAACAUCUAUGAGGCUGCCUACCCUCUUCAUGACGGUGAAUAUGACAGCCCAGGGGAUGACACGAAUGACAGAAAGCUGCUGUAUCAAGAAUGGGCACGCUAUGGAGUGUUUUAUAAAUUUCAACCUAUUGACCUCAUCAGAAAGUAUUUUGGAGAAAAAAUUGGACUGUAUUUUGCCUGGCUGGGAUUAUAUACAUCAUUCCUCAUCCCAUCUUCUGUAAUCGGGGUGAUCGUGUUUCUUUAUGGAUGUGCAACAAUCGAAGAAGAUAUUCCCAGCAAAGAGAUGUGUGACCAGCAGAAUGCCUUCACCAUGUGUCCCCUGUGUGACAAGUCCUGUGAUUACUGGAACCUCAGCUCAGCCUGUGGUACAGCAAAGGCGAGCCACCUGUUUGACAACCCUGCCACCGUCUUCUUCUCCAUCUUCAUGGCUCUGUGGGCUACCAUGUUUCUUGAAAACUGGAAGAGAUUGCAGAUGCGACUGGGCUACUUCUGGGACCUGACUGGGAUAGAAGAGGAAGAAGAACGUGCCCAGGAACACUCCCGGCCUGAGUAUGAAACCAAAGUUCGAGAGAAAAUGUUAAAGGCAAGUGGCAAGUCGGUGGUCCAGAAACUGGGCACCAAUAUGGCUGAGGAUGAAGAUGAGGAUGAUGAAGAUAAGCUGACCUGGAAAGAUCGUUUCCCAGGUUACUUGAUGAACUUCGCCUCCAUCUUGUUCAUGAUUGCCCUGACAUUCUCCAUCGUCUUUGGGGUCAUCGUGUAUCGCAUAACAACUGCAGCAGCCCUGUCUCUCAACAAGGCUACACGCUCCAAUGUCCGGGUGACAGUGACAGCCACAGCAGUCAUCAUCAACCUCGUGGUCAUCCUCAUCCUGGACGAGAUCUAUGGUGCUGUGGCCACAUGGCUCACCAAAAUCGAGGUUCCAAAAACAGAACAGACUUUUGAAGAGCGCCUGAUACUCAAAGCUUUCUUGCUAAAGUUUGUCAAUGCCUACUCACCUAUCUUCUAUGUGGCCUUUUUCAAGGGGCGGUUCGUGGGCAGACCUGGAAGCUACGUUUAUGUAUUUGAUGGCUACCGCAUGGAAGAGUGUGCUCCGGGAGGCUGCCUUAUGGAGCUCUGCAUUCAGCUCAGCAUCAUCAUGUUGGGGAAGCAGCUGAUCCAGAAUAACAUCUUUGAGAUCGGAGUCCCGAAACUAAAGAAACUAUUUCGGAAGCUGAAAGAUGAGACAGAACCUGGAGAAACUGACUCUGCCCACUCAAAGAAUCCAGAGCAGUGGGACCUAGACUACAGCUUGGAGCCAUACACUGGACUGACUCCAGAGUACAUGGAGAUGAUCAUCCAGUUUGGCUUUGUCACCCUCUUUGUGGCCUCCUUCCCUCUGGCACCUGUGUUUGCCCUUCUCAACAAUGUCAUUGAAGUGCGGCUUGAUGCAAAGAAGUUUGUGACUGAGCUGAGACGGCCAGAUGCCGUGAGAACCAAAGAUAUUGGGAUUUGGUUUGACAUUCUCUCCGGGAUCGGCAAGUUCUCUGUUAUCAGCAACGCUUUUGUCAUUGCCAUCACCUCUGACUUCAUCCCCCGUCUCGUGUACCAGUAUGCCUAUAGUCACAACGGGACCCUGCACGGCUUUGUCAACCACACCCUCUCCUUUUUCAACGUCAGCCAGCUGAAGGAGGGAACGCAACCAGAAAACUCACAGUUUGACCAGGAAGUUCAGUUCUGCAGGUUUAAGGAUUACCGAGAACCGCCGUGGGCCCCGAACCCGUAUGAGUUUUCCAAACAGUACUGGUCCAUUCUGUCUGCCCGUCUGGCUUUUGUCAUAAUCUUCCAGAACCUCGUGAUGUUCCUGAGUGUCCUCGUGGAUUGGAUGAUCCCAGAUAUCCCCACGGAUAUCAGCGACCAGAUCAAGAAAGAAAAGGGCCUGUUGGUGGACUUCUUCCUGAAGGAGGAGCACGAGAAACUCAAGCUGACGGACGAGCCAGCCCCAAGGAGCCUGGGAGGGGGGCGUCGGAGCAGGAGCCGGGCGGCCAGCUCGGCACCCUCGGGCCGAAGCCAGCCAGGCAGCAUCGCGUCUUCUGCCUCACAGCACACCAAUGUGUGAGCGAGUCGACCCCACCGCGGGGGCUGCCACAGUGGCAAGGGACCUCACGGAGCAUGCCUGUGCACCUGCAUGGGAGGGCUGGCUGGUGUCUGCCAGGGCCCGGCCUCAGGGGGUCUUUGCAAAGGUGCAUUUGUGCAAAGAGAGAGGGGUUAGAGCGAGCGAGCAAGCACAAGCAGGAAGAGAACUGGAGCUGCUUCUCAGAAACUUCAAGCUUAAGUUCCUUUUAGGUCCUCUUUGAUCUUUUUGGGGGAUCGGCACCCCAUUUUGAGUCACCCGGUGCAAGAACUGGGUAUCUCUACCCCAGAGCUCCCAGGCGCCAUGCACCUUCCUUGCGUUUCCUCAGGUGUCCCCUCUCACACGGUCACAGUCUGUGAGAGGAGCAAGCCCCCCUCCUGAGCGAUCCCUCUCCCCUUCCCACCAGCUCCCCAAGCAGACCCCUCUGAGUCGCUUGCAGCUGGGACUGUCACAGCCUCAGUGGGUACAAAUUAAGUCACAGGGCUGAUGGCUGUGGCCACAGGACUUGAUGGUGAGUGGCAGAGGUCCCAACCUGAGCUUGUCUCCAUGUCAUGGGGAUGCUUUGAGCUUGUGCAACUAACCAUCACUUUAUGCAGGUUCAGAUUUAAAGUAAUAAAAUAAAUCAAAACAUUCUUUA